GUCCACACUGUGUGCUUGACUUUCCUACCAAAUCUUUGGAAAUUUCUCUUCCAUAUCUGCACAUCCAUUAGUCUGGUGGCCCCCAGAACGUGUGGUACGGGCCAACCCCCCUUUUUCUGCUUUGGGGGGUCCCCAGAGCCACACCGGAGGAGGCUGGGAAAGUAGUUGUUGCUCUGCUUGGCUGGCAAGUGACUCAGACUUGUUUCCUGUCAAGUGUUGGUCAGCUGUCCCAGCAGCAAACAGUCCAGCAGGAACUGUGGGCAUUUAGUGGCCAGUUGCGGGUUCAGAGAUUUGUAGAAGACUAUUCUGUGUGUUUGAGUGCAUCUUCCCAGUGAGUCAGAACUCGAGCAGUAUUAACAGCCAUGGGAGCCAGGCACGCAGCUUCUCCGGACUUGUACUGACAAUUAUUGGGGAGCCGCACAUACCCUGUAUGGCGUGGUUAUGAUACAUGGGGAAAUAAUAUCCUAAGGGACGAUACUCGGGCAGCCGUCUGGACCAGUGCACCUUUACCCUGUACGGGGGCAACUGGAGAUUCACACUUAACGGUCUACCACCGUGGUACUGAGGUUUGCCCCCAACCUCCAUUCUGAGGUUACACAGGCCGUAACAAAGGCUGAUACACAUUACCGUGGAGGUUACAAGAACCACAAGAGAACUCUUUUCUAAAUUGCUCCCGUCCCCCUUCUCGAAUCCAAUCCAAACAUCGCCCAAUAACAACAAGUGCUAAAUAAAAGAACUUCGACAAGACAACUGCCAAACCGUGCAAACAUGAAGCUCGAGUGCAAUUUUUUCACGGGGUCAGCACGCAUCCUCAACCAGGAGACGACCAUGGAUGCUAUCAGGGACUUAACCAAGGAGACCGGACGCGAAGACCCAUUCUACGUUCUGGACAUUGGCGACAUCGUGCAGAAGAUCAAGAUUUGGCGUCUGAAGAUGCCACGUGUCAAGCCCUUCUAUGCUGUGAAAUGCAAUGACAAUCAGACAGUGCUAGAGUUGCUAGCUGCUCUUGGGACUGGCUUUGAUUGUGCUUCAAAGGUGGAGAUAAAGAAGAUUCUGGACCUGGGCGUAGAUAGGUCUCGCAUCAUCUACGCCCACCCGUGCAAACCAGCGUCCCACUUGCGCUAUGCGGCUAAGGAGGAUGUUUCCCUCAUGACCUUUGACAACCAGACGGAACUCCAUAAAGUCAAGGCUUACUACCCCAAUGCCCAGCUUGUGCUGAGGAUCCGCUGUGAUGCUGAAGACUCCCAGUGCCCCCUUGGCAUAAAGUUUGGGGUUUUGCCUGAGGAUGCUGGGGCUCUCCUAGCCACUGCCCGGGAACUUGAUCUCAACAUUGUUGGUGUCUCUUUCCAUGUCGGGUCAGGCUGCCGUGAGCCCUCGGUGUUCCAGCGGGCAAUUACCGCAGCAAGGCAGAUCUUUGACGAAGCAGAAGAGUUGGGUUUUAAGCUGAACUUGCUGGAUAUUGGUGGUGGUUUCCCUGGCACGCGCAACAGCACCUUGGACGAGAUAGCUGAGUAUGUCAACAACUCCCUAGAUGAGCACUUCCCUGAGGGCUGUGGUGUCAAGGUGAUCGCUGAGCCAGGCCGUUACGUUGUGGCUUCGGCCUUCACCCUGGCCACCUACGUAAUGGCCAAGCGGGAGGUGUGUGAUGACAACGGCACGCUCCUUUCCACCAUGUACUACAUCAAUGACGGUGUCUAUGGCUCCUUCAACUGCACCUUGUAUGACCACCAGGAAGUGUACCCCAUGAUGCUUGAGGACAAAGGCCCCGAGGAGUCUUACACCCCUUGCUCGAUCUGGGGCCCCACCUGCGAUGGCCUGGACCAGGUGGUCUCCGAAGCCAAGCUGCCGCAGCUGGCUUGUGGAGACUGGCUGGUCUGGCCGGAGAUGGGGGCCUACACCCUGGCCGCUGCUGGGGGCUUCAAUGGCUUCCCACUCCCCAGUGUCCACGUGGUUGUCCCGCAUCACACAUGGCUCUACCUGGAGGAGUUCAUGGGCUCAGUUGUCAACUUCAAGCAGAUUGACGGGGCCUGCGUCAUGAUGGGCAGCGCUGAGAAUGACCAGCAGUCGCAGCAGCGCGAGGAGGGUGGCUCCGGCUCCUCCUCCCUGGCGACCCGCUGGCCAUGCUCUGUCACCACUCAUGACUCUGGCAACCUGGAUGAGCAGCUGGCACACCUCACUGUCAUCGAUGUGGGGGAAAUGUAAAAGGAAAGCAAACAUCCAGAUUCCAUGACCUUCCCUAUGAAUGAAGAAGUAUGCAUUGAAGUUAAGAAAAAAAAAGUAAAUACAAACCAAUCAAGACCAGUAACUGAUUAAAUGUUUGUUGUAAUGCUGUUGGUAUGUUGAAUUUCUCUUUUCUUUUUUUCUUAUCUUGAGAGUUGAUUUAACAGAACGUUUUUAUCAGACAAUCCAUGUAAAUUGGAAAGAAACCACCGACCGUAGAAAGGAACUGAUAACUUUUUCAUGUUAGAAGCCAUGGGGUACUGAACAUGUGCCAAGAUGUUUUGGUUGUUUCGGGAAUAGCCUUUUUGUUCCGAGGUUGAAGAAACAAUGUCAAACUUGUUCUUUUUCCCUCUCUUCUUUUAGGGGUCUCUGUGUUAUGUUAAGUGGUUGUGAUCCCUGUAGCAAUCAAGUGGCCAUAUCCUCAUGGUUUUUGCUAGUAAUCAGACACUUAGGUGAAGUAAGACCUGACUAUGCUCACCAAGAUGUCAACCGAAUAGAAGUGACUGUACUGCUAAAUCUGUCAGUGUUACUCAGUCGUCUUUAUCAGUCGGUGUUACUGUUUACAUUUUACAUGCUCGAUUUAGUUGGCAAUCACUAGAACAAACUUGUAUGAACUAGUAGAAAGCCCAUCUCAAGCCCAAGUUUAGUUUAAAAGAUCAAGAUAGAAAAGAAAGCCCUUAUUAUCAGUCUCGGUCCUCUUCGUUCUUUCUGUUCUGCCAGGCAGCUUGAGAAGUGUUGAUCAGCACUUGCAGAUUCAUUGUUACAGUUAUUCUAUUUUUCGUUAUCAUUCUUGUCCUUCUCUCUGUUUCUUGGGUAGUGAUUCCUCUUCUGCUUACUUCAAGUUUAUAGUAGAUGAUCAAGGAAGUUAAUACUGCAUAUAUGUAUGUUGUUUUCAGGGGAUAGUUAUUACCAGUAUUAUCAUGGGUUCUUUGCCAAGCUUUUGCCAGUUCUGAAGAUCAAUCAUUCAGUUGGUUAGAACAGCUGAGGUUCCAUUGCUCUCUUGUUAUUAAUAGCUCCAUUUGGCUCCUAUUUCUGGCAUUUUGACAUUCCAAGUUCUCUGGUGGGACUUGUAACCCUAUGGCAAUGUGUAUCACAGCCAAGCUUACGGCACUGUUCUGCAGUGCAAAAUCAUAUGAAUUGGCGAAAUAAAUAUAAUAAAUUUA